UCUCUGCCAUUCCUUCUUGGAAGAACAAAAGUCCUCUUCUUCCCAACCUAACUGUAACCUGAUCCCAACACCUCAUACAUACAAAUUUCGAUGAAAUCACUCAUAAUCUGGUGAAUCUUGGGGAAUUUCGCAACGCGUCGACGUUUCGGCGAUCGAAAUGAGCAGAGAGAAGGUCAUCAACGCGCCUCGCAUUCUCUCUGUCGCAGUUCUAAUCGUAAUCAUCGCGUCGAAUUUCCCGGCUCGAGUGGUUUGCGCCGAUGAGGAUGAGGAUGCGGAUGCGGAUGUGGAUGUUGAGUUGAAUCAACCGACUAGUCCUGCCGCGCUUCAGCUUUUCACGCAGGUGAUCUUUAAGGAAUUCAACAAUCUCAGCAGGUUCCUUAGCGCCGAUAUCCUCGAAAGUUUGGAUUUCUGCAUCCAAAACGUGGAUGCUGAGUGGAAUUCAGCGUUUAACUUCUCGUCCGAUUUGGCAUUCUUGACCUCCUGCAUACAAAAGACGAAAGGAGAUAUUACGCAGCGCUUAUGCACAGCAGCAGAAAUAAAGUUUUAUUUCAGUAGUUUCUUUGAAGGCGGGUCAAAGAAAGAAAACUACUUGAAACCUAAUAGGAACUGUAAUUUAUCGUCAUGGGUUCCAGGAUGUGAGCCAGGAUGGGCUUGCAGUGCUGGAAAAGGUAAAAAAGUAGACCUCAGGAAUUCAAAGGAGGUGCCAGUUAGAACUCUUGAUUGUCAGCCCUGUUGUGAGGGUUUCUUCUGCCCUCACGGUAUUACCUGCAUGAUACCUUGCCCACUGGGUUCUUAUUGCCCCCUUGCUAAACUCAAUAAAACUACCGGUGUAUGUGAUCCCUACCGGUACCAACUGCCUCCUGGACAGCCAAACCAUACCUGCGGUGCAGCAGAUAUUUGGGCUGAUGUUUUGAGUAGUACUGAGGUAUUCUGUUCAGCAGGAUCAUACUGUCCGAGUACUGUCAAAAAAAAUCCUUGCAGUAGUGGACAUUUCUGCAGGACUGGCUCCACAUCACAAGUGGGGUGCUUUGAGUUGGCAACUUGUGAAGAAAAAACUGCAAAUCAGAACAUUACUGCAUAUGGCAUCCUUCUUUUUGUUGGUUUGUCACUUAUACUUCUUAUUAUCUAUAACUGUUCUGAUCAAGUUAUCAGUACUAAAGAAAAAAAGCAAGCAAAAUCCAGAGAAGCAGCUGCAAGAAGUGCCAGAGAGACUGCUCAGGCACAUGCAAGAUGGAAAUCAGCAAAGGAUGUUGCUAAGAAGCAUGCAAUUGGAUUUUCAACCCAGUUAUCACGGACAUUUUCUCGUAAGAAGUCUACCUUACCACCAAUGCCAAAAGGAAGUAAAAAUGAUCAAAGCAACCUUACAAAGAUGAUGCAGGAGCUUGAGGAAGACCCUGACAGUCAUGAAGGAUUUAAUAUGGAGAUUGGAGAUAAUAAUUUUAAAAAGAACAUGCCUAAGGGUAAGCAGUUGCAUACUCGCAGCCAAAUUUUCAAGUAUGCUUACGGUCAAAUUGAAAAGGAAAAAGCUAUGCAGGAGCAAAACAAGAACUUGACUUUCUCGGGGGUCAUUUCAAUGGCUACUGAUAUUGACAUCAGAACUAGGCCUACAAUUGAGGUUGCUUUCAAGGAUUUAACACUCACUUUGAAAGGGAAAAACAAGAAUCUAUUAAGGUGUGUGACUGGGAAAAUUAUACCUGGCCAUGUUACCGCUGUCAUGGGCCCAUCUGGGGCUGGAAAAACAACAUUUCUUUCUGCUUUAGCUGGAAAAGCAACUGGGUGCAUGAUGAGUGGUAUGGUUAUCAUAAAUGGGAAGGUAGAAUCAAUUCGUUCAUACAAGAAAAUUAUCGGGUUUGUCCCACAAGAUGAUAUAGUACAUGGAAACUUGACAGUAGAGGAGAAUCUGUGGUUUAGCGCUAGGUGCAGGCUAUCAGCUGAUCUGCCUAAACCCGAGAAAGUUCUAGUUGUUGAAAGAGUCAUUGAGUCCUUGGGACUGCAGCAUGUGCGGGAUUCCCUAGUUGGGACUGUGGAGAAGCGAGGCAUCUCUGGAGGUCAAAGAAAGAGAGUAAAUGUUGGGUUGGAAAUGGUCAUGGAACCUUCCCUGUUGAUCUUAGAUGAACCUACUUCUGGUUUGGACAGUUCUUCUUCACAGUUAUUACUUAGAGCACUACGCCGUGAAGCUUUAGAAGGAGUAAACAUUUGCAUGGUGGUUCACCAACCCAGCUACACCUUGUUCAAGAUGUUUGAUGACUUGAUACUUCUAGCUAAAGGUGGUCUUACCGCAUAUCAUGGAUCAGUGAAGAAAGUUGAAGAAUACUUUGCAGGCCUUGGGAUCCAAGUUCCUGAGCGUGUUAAUCCUCCAGAUUACUUCAUUGACAUCCUUGAGGGAAUUGAAAAACCAAGCACAAACUCAGGCAUAAACUAUAAAGAACUUCCUCUCAGAUGGAUGCUUCAUAAUGGAUACGCUGUGCCCCCAGAUAUGCUAAAUUCUACUGCUGGGGUAUCAUCCUCAGCAGGGGAAGAUUCAGCUCAUGGAUCAAAAUCUGUUGCUGAUGGCUCUGUUGGACAAUCUUUUGCUGGAGACCUGUGGCAGGAUAUGAAGUUCCAUGUCGUCUUGAAGGGUGACCUUUUACAGCAUAACUUCCUAAAUGCAAAGGACUUAUCCAACCGAAAAACUCCUGGCAUUUUGCUGCAAUAUAAAUAUUUUCUUGGGAGGGUUGGCAGGCAACGUCUGCGAGAAGCUAGAAUGCAAGCUGUUGAUUUUCUGAUCUUAUUGAUAGCCGGAAUAUGUCUGGGAACACUUGCUAAAGUAAGCGAUGAAACCUUUGGGGCACUUGGGUACACUUACACGGUCAUUGCAGUUUCUCUUCUCAGUAAAAUUGCGGCUUUGAGAGCUUUUUCUCUGGAUAAGGUAUACUACUGGAGAGAGAGCGCUUCCGGCAUAAGCAGCUUGGCCUACUUUAUGGCAAAGGAUACAAUCGACCAUUUCAAUACACUUAUAAAACCUCUCGUCUAUCUCUCAAUGUUCUAUUUCUUCAACAACCCCAGAUCUUCUUUCUUAGAUAAUUACAUUGUUUUGGUUUGUCUGGUUUACUGUGUUACUGGUGUCGCUUAUGCCUUCGCCAUCUACCUUGAACCUGGUCCAGCACAACUGUGGUCAGUGAUUGUUCCAGUUGUUUUGACCCUCAUUGCAAACCAGAAUUACCAAGGAGGAAUUUUGAAAACAAUAGAGAACUUGUGCUACACAAAGUGGGCUCUGGAAGCUUUUGUGGUGGCAAACGCUCAAAUGUAUUCUGGGGUGUGGCUGAUAACAAGAUGUGGUUCACUUAUGAAAAGCAACUACAAGCUCAAUGAUUGGAUUCCUUGCUUGAUAUACCUUGUCAUCGCCGGUAUACUUAGUCGUGGCGUGGCCUUCUUUUGCUUGGUAACCUUCCAAAAGAAAUAGAUUGCCUCAGCUAUGACAUCAUAGCCAGCCUCUUUUGCUCGGCAGCCUUCCAGAAGAGUAGGUCCGUAGGUUACGCUUAUUCUACCCCAUACAUAAAGGUGGAAGACUCUUUGAAGCGUUGGUACCGUACCCCUCAGGGUCCAGUAGAUACAGAAUUUUGUAUACGACAAAGCCAAACAAAGCUCCAGGAAGGAAAAGCUUUUGGAGGAAAAACAGACAAAGACAUACCUGUAUGUAAAUUGUAGAUGUAGCUCAGCAGGAUACAGCCAUUUUAUUAAUUUUUGUGUUUGUGUUUCCACCUGAAAGCUUGUGUUACCUCUCAUGUCCAUUACUAAUUGUAACAUUUAUACGUUGUAUGUGUAUCCAUAGAUAGAGGUUGUUUGGUUCAACAACUUUGUCAAAUUUCCCCAUCCUUGGAGCCAUAUGCAUAUUUUUGCUUAUUAUAGAUCAAGGAUUCCUUUUUCUUCUGCGGAGAUUAGUUUAUUUUGGUUUGCCAUGGUCCUUGUCAGCCCUCCUUACCCUAAAUCUGCCUCUGUUUGUAAUCCAAGACAAUACAUUCAAGUCCGUGUAAACUUCUUUGUAAUAAAGUAAGGAAAAUGUCAAAUAGA